AUGGCGCCCAUUACGUCUGAGCUGGCCACACUGCGCGCCCUCACAUUCCGGAUAUCCUCAACAGCAACUGCGCAGCUUCCCCAACACGUGCCUGCUAUAGCCGCAUCUCUAGUCAAUUGCAGGACGCUUCUUUGUUCACCACAGGCUGCCGUGUCCAAAACAUCAUCCGAAUCUUCAGUAGCAGUGCACAAGUACCGUACGCUUCUCUCGACUCUGCUGCAAGACCGUACCGUCCAAGGAAGAUGGUCGGCCAUCGUUCUCAUCAAAGCGACCAUCGAAAUCGGAGGAUGGGAAACACUGCAAAAGUGUCUGCCUUGGGUUCGCGGCCUUCUGGGAACCCUAAGCAAACCCGAGCCGCCUUCGUCGAAGAAGCUAUGCAUCAUCACACUUACACGCAUCUUCAUCUUGACGAGGGAGUAUCCGACCCUAGUCCGCGAGAUUACGACUCCAUCUCUUCCGGGCUACAUCCAGUCUGCUCUGCAACUCGCUAUUAAGGCACCCGCCGCUCUGUUGCAAACCAUUUUGGAAAGCUUCAAUGAGCUGCUACCUCGACAUCCCACCAUGUUCAGGUCGUAUUUGAAACAAAUCCAUCCCCUUUUGGCCAGGCUGAUCGCGCCUACUCCAUCUAAUAGACUCGGCGCGGAACAGAUUGGUCCAAAAUUAGAGACCACUUCUGGUGUUGUACUGGCUGCCCAGCGACUAUAUGUGCAGAUCCCGAGCUGUGCGGCCAAGGGAGCUUCUGGUGAUGAAUGGGAGAAGAGCCUGAAGACUACCAUCAAUGCAGCGCAUCGAGUUGCCGACAAGAUAUUCCGAGCUGUAUUUGAGGACUGGAAAUCUUCCGCACGGGAGCCCACCACAAAUGGUCACACUCUAGACGACGAAGUGCAAGAUGUCGAUGCCAGUGACAUGGCUCUGCCGUCCUGGUCUGGUAUCUUCGCCGGUAGCGAGCGUCUAGUACGGCUACUUCAGCUUGCCCAGCAAUAUCUUGCGAGCUCGACAGCCAACUCUGUGGGUAUCAACAUCAGCUCAAUAAUGGACAUGAUCACGAGAAUGCUUUCGCUCACAGUCCCUGGUUCGGGAAGCAAAGCAUACCAAAACAAUGUCAAACUCAACAAUCAGAUUAGCAAAGACGAGCGGGAAAAUCUGUGGUUGGUGCUGCCGGACAUUCAUGUGGCGACAAUUGAAUUACUCCUGGUGUUGACGAGCCGGUCUCAGUCUAGCACGUUGUCUCUGGACGCGCUCAUCAUCGACCAGAUCGUUUGGACCUUUACGUCAGAAAAGGACUCCAUCCAAUUGCGCGGUGCUUGCUAUCGUGCGAUUGCAAAACUACUCCAGCGGUCCGGAGCCGGACUUUCCAAGUCCUCUGUAGACUCCCUCGUACCUCUCAUGCGCGCUUGUUGCGAUGAUCUUCUGCCUUUGGAAUCUGCCUCCACGAAGGCAGCACCUAGCCAAAACAAGACCAACGGCAUAUCAGCUCAAACCACUGCCAACGCUGAUACCUUCCUCAACUCCAAGAGUGCAGUUGACACCGCCUCUAGUUUUUUCGGGCUGCGUGAAGCUGCAGAAGUCCUUCUUCCUGUGCUGCUCUCAGGUACACGAGCGCAAUAUCUUUCCGAUGCGCUACGAAGCCGUCUGGACCGCACAGCUACUUUGACGCAGAACAAGGACGCCAUGGUCGCAAGUGUUUUGAACCCACCACCGAGCAAGAAAUUUGGAAAGCCUGCUGCGAGUAUCAUUCCACUCAUAGCGCGAUCCUUCCCAGCCUCGAACAACGUAGAGGGAAUGCUGAGACCGAGAAUGCCGGUCAUACGUCUCGGGACUCAGGACACUGAGGCGGAGGAAGAUGGCAUUGAGAACGAAGAGAGUGAGGAGGACGAAGAGGCAGAGGCAGAGGCGGAAGAAGAGGGGUCGGUGAUGGAGAGAGACGAUGAGUCUUUUAUGGGUAACAAACUGGACAACAUUUUGGAAUCAGAGGGACGCGCAAACACCGACACCAGAGAUUUUGCGAUGCCAGAUGCUUUAAUCACCGAAGCCAAAAACCACGAAUCUGGCUCUACUGACCUGCCCGUUCCAUCUCCCAGAGAAUUGCGUUCCUCGGUUCGAUCGCAAAACCAGUCCAAGGAGUUUGCCAAGCGAGCGCAGACAGAUGCUGCUCCGUCUUCUCCGAGCAAGCGACUCAAGACCAGCAAGCAAGAACAGACGAUCACAUCGGCUGCACCUCCUCUUCCUGCACUGACACCGCAAGCCAGCGAAACACCCCGCCAGACAGUCGUUUUACCGCAGACUUCUGACUUCACAGUCACCAGCACAGCGUCUGCGGUACCCGAUCUCCCAGAGCCAGGUGACGCAGCCGCGGAUGAGAACGAUAGUGAUGGCGAUGAUGUGGUAUCACUAGUGCUGGGUCAGGAUACGGACGACGAGUCCGAGUAG